CCUCCGCCGCUGAGGCGGACUAUUUUCUUUCAGUCUGGGAGUCACUUUUGAGUUCCCGCUUCCUGAUAGGGAACCCACGCCUGCCUAUUCAGCUCAGUCCCCAGGAGAUAAAGGCUUCCUAGGGCUCGGUCUCACGCAAGAUAGACGAGGCUCGGAGGGCCAUCCCGCGGAGGGAUUCGGUUUGUUGUGGUGAGGGGAGGGGGGAGACGCUGACAAACCAAGAUGGCGGCGGCGGCGAUGAAGGCCCCGGCGGUUGGGAGGUAACUGUGGUGGCGAAGGCAGCGGUAGUUGGGAGGCAGCGGUACAGUUUGGAAGGAACGGAGCAAGACGAAGAGGCAAUAGCCGUAGCGUCAGCCUGAGCCUCUGAGAGCGUGGCAGCUACACGCCCCCUGGGCCCUCGGCGGGCGGCGGCCGCCCCGCUUAGGGCCUAGUCUCCGAGCAGUGCCUCGGCUUCAUACAGCGGUGUCCGCCAUGAGCCCUUAAGGGCGGUCCGAGCCUUCCAGUCCUAAGACCCACCAUGGAGCCGGGGUCAGACGACUUCCUACCGCCGCCGGAGUGCCCAGUGUUCGAGCCUAGCUGGGCGGAGUUCCGAGACCCUCUCGGCUACAUCGCGAAAAUCAGGCCCAUCGCCGAGAAGUCGGGCAUUUGCAAGAUCCGCCCACCCGCGGACUGGCAGCCACCGUUUGCUGUAGAAGUGGACAACUUCAGGUUUACUCCCCGAAUCCAGAGACUGAAUGAACUAGAGGCCCAGACGAGAGUGAAACUGAACUACUUGGAUCAGAUUGCCAAAUUCUGGGAAAUCCAGGGCUCCUCCUUAAAGAUUCCCAAUGUAGAACGGCGGAUCUUGGACCUCUACAGCCUCAGCAAAAUCGUGGUGGAAGAAGGUGGCUAUGAAGCCAUCUGCAAGGACCGUCGGUGGGCCCGGGUGGCCCAGCGCCUCAACUACCCACCAGGCAAGAACAUUGGCUCUUUGCUACGCUCUCACUAUGAACGCAUUGUUUACCCCUAUGAGAUGUACCAGUCUGGAGCCAACCUGGUGCAGUGCAACACACGUCCAUUUGAUAAUGAAGAGAAGGACAAGGAAUAUAAACCCCACAGUAUCCCCCUUCGACAGUCUGUACAACCCUCCAAGUUCAACAGUUAUGGCCGGCGAGCCAAGAGACUGCAGCCUGAUCCGGAACCCACAGAGGAAGACAUUGAAAAGAACCCUGAACUGAAGAAGCUUCAGAUCUAUGGGGCAGGCCCCAAGAUGAUGGGCCUGGGCCUCAUGGCCAAGGAUAAGACUCUGCGGAAGAAAGAUAAGGAAGGGCCUGAGUGCCCCCCAACAGUAGUGGUGAAGGAGGAGUCAGGCGGGGAUGUGAAGGUGGAGUCAACUUCACCCAAGACCUUCCUGGAGAGCAAGGAGGAGCUGAGUCACAGCCCAGAGCCCUGCACCAAGAUGACCAUGAGGCUGCGGAGGAACCACAGCAAUGCCCAGUUUAUUGAGUCAUAUGUAUGCCGGAUGUGUUCCCGAGGGGAUGAGGACGACAAGCUCCUGCUGUGUGAUGGCUGUGAUGACAACUACCACAUCUUCUGCUUGCUGCCUCCUUUGCCUGAGAUUCCCAAGGGUGUUUGGCGGUGCCCAAAGUGUGUCAUGGCGGAGUGUAAGCGCCCCCCCGAAGCCUUUGGCUUUGAGCAGGCUACCCGGGAAUACACUCUGCAGAGCUUUGGCGAAAUGGCUGACUCCUUUAAAGCCGAUUACUUCAACAUGCCCGUACACAUGGUGCCCACAGAACUCGUGGAGAAGGAAUUCUGGCGGCUGGUGAAUAGCAUUGAGGAAGAUGUGACUGUUGAGUAUGGGGCUGACAUCCAUUCCAAAGAAUUUGGUAGUGGUUUCCCUGUCAGUGACAGUAAGCGGCACCUAACCCCUGAGGAGGAGGAAUAUGCUACAAGUGGUUGGAACCUGAAUGUGAUGCCAGUGUUGGAGCAGUCUGUACUGUGCCACAUCAAUGCAGAUAUCUCUGGCAUGAAGGUGCCCUGGCUCUAUGUAGGCAUGGUCUUCUCAGCCUUUUGCUGGCAUAUUGAGGAUCACUGGAGUUACUCCAUUAACUACCUCCAUUGGGGUGAGCCGAAGACCUGGUAUGGGGUACCCUCACUUGCAGCAGAACAUUUGGAAGAGGUGAUGAAGAAGCUGACACCUGAGCUCUUUGAUAGCCAGCCUGAUCUUCUGCACCAACUUGUCACCCUCAUGAAUCCCAACACCCUCAUGUCCCAUGGUGUGCCGGUUGUCCGCACAAACCAGUGUGCAGGAGAAUUUGUCAUUACCUUUCCCCGAGCUUACCACAGUGGCUUCAACCAAGGCUACAACUUUGCCGAGGCUGUCAACUUUUGCACUGCCGACUGGCUGCCAGCUGGGCGCCAGUGCAUUGAGCACUACCGCCGGCUUCGAAGAUAUUGCGUCUUCUCCCAUGAGGAGCUCAUUUGCAAGAUGGCUGCCUGUCCAGAGAAGCUAGACCUGAACCUGGCAGCAGCUGUACAUAAGGAAAUGUUCAUCAUGGUGCAGGAGGAGCGGCGUCUACGAAAGGCCCUGCUAGAGAAGGGCAUCACGGAAGCUGAGCGAGAGGCUUUCGAGCUGCUCCCGGAUGAUGAGCGCCAAUGCAUCAAGUGCAAGACCACAUGCUUUCUGUCAGCCCUAGCCUGCUAUGACUGCCCAGACGGCCUUGUCUGCCUUUCCCACAUCAAUGACCUCUGCAAGUGCUCCAGUAGCCGGCAGUACCUGCGGUAUCGGUACACCUUGGAUGAGCUCCCUGCCAUGCUCCAUAAGCUGAAGGUCCGGGCUGAGUCCUUUGACACCUGGGCCAACAAAGUGCGAGUGGCCCUGGAGGUGGAGGAUGGGCGGAAGCGCAGUCUUGAAGAGCUGAGGGCACUAGAGUCUGAGGCCCGUGAGAGGAGGUUUCCUAACAGUGAGCUGCUGCAACGACUCAAGAACUGCCUGAGUGAGGCAGAAGCUUGUGUGUCCCGGGCUCUGGGGCUGGUCAGCGGCCAGGAAGCUGGCCCCCACAGGGUGGCUGGUCUACAGAUGACCCUGGCUGAGCUCCGGGCCUUUCUGGACCAGAUGAACAACCUGCCUUGUGCCAUGCACCAGAUUGGGGAUGUCAAGGGUAUUCUGGAACAGGUGGAAGCCUAUCAGGCUGAGGCCCGUGAGGCCCUGGCCUCACUGCCCUCCAGUCCAGGGCUCCUGCAGUCCCUGCUGGAGAGGGGGCGGCAGCUGGGGGUGGAGGUACCUGAGGCCCAGCAGCUGCAGCGGCAGGUGGAACAGGCACGAUGGCUGGAUGAGGUGAAACGCACGCUGGCUCCCUCAGCCCGAAGGGGCACCCUGGCUGUCAUGCGGGGACUGUUGGUCGCGGGUGCCAGUGUAGCCCCUAGUCCUGCUGUGGACAAGGCCCAAGCCGAACUGCAGGAACUGCUGACCAUUGCUGAACGCUGGGAGGAGAAGGCCCACCUCUGCCUGGAGGCCAGGCAGAAGCAUCCACCAGCCACGCUUGAGGCCAUAAUUCAUGAGGCAGAAAACAUCCCUGUUCACCUGCCCAACAUCCAGGCUCUCAAGGAGGCCCUUGCUAAGGCCCGGGCCUGGAUUGCUGAUGUGGACGAGAUCCAGAAUGGUGAUCAUUACCCCUGCCUGGAUGACUUGGAGGGCCUGGUGGCUGUGGGCCGGGACCUACCCGUGGGGUUGGAGGAGCUGAGACAGCUCGAGCUGCAGGUACUGACAGCGCACUCCUGGAGGGAGAAGGCCUCCAAGACCUUCCUCAAGAAGAAUUCUUGCUACACUCUGCUGGAGGUGCUCUGCCCGUGUGCAGACGCCGGCUCAGACAGCACCAAGCGCAGCCGGUGGAUGGAGAAGGAGCUGGGGUUGUACAAAUCUGACACAGAGCUGCUGGGGCUGUCUGCGCAGGACCUCAGGGACCCAGGCUCUGUGAUCGUGGCCUUCAAGGAGGGGGAGCAGAAGGAGAAGGAGGGAAUCCUGCAGCUGCGUCGCACCAACUCUGCCAAGCCCAGUCCGUUGGCAUCACCGAACACAUCUUCCUCUGCAACCUCCAUCUGUGUGUGUGGGCAGGUGCCAGCCGGGGUGGGAGCUCUGCAGUGUGACCUGUGUCAGGACUGGUUCCAUGGGCGAUGUGUGUCGGUACCCCGCCUCCUCAGUUCCCCAAGGCCCAGUCCCACCUCAUCCCCACUGCUGGCCUGGUGGGAGUGGGACACCAAAUUCUUGUGUCCGCUGUGCAUGCGCUCACGGCGCCCGCGCCUGGAGACCAUCCUGGCACUGCUGGUAGCACUGCAGAGACUGCCUGUGCGGCUGCCUGAGGGCGAGGCCCUGCAAUGCCUCACAGAGAGGGCCAUCAGCUGGCAAGGUCGUGCCAGGCAGGCUCUGGCCUCUGAGGAUGUGACUGCUCUGUUGGGACGGCUGGCCGAGCUUCGCCAGCGGCUGCAGGCUGAACCCAGGCCCGAGGAGCCCCCUACCUACCCUUCAACCCCUGCCUCUGACCCUCUCAGAGAAGGCAGUGGCAAGGAUAUGCCUAAGCAGGUGCAGGGGUUGCUGGAGAACGGAGACAGUGUGACCAGUCCUGAGAAGGUAGCCCCGGGGGAGGGCUCAGGUAAGAGAGACCUGGAGCUGCUGUCCUCGCUGUUGCCCCAGUUGACUGGCCCUGUGUUGGAGCUGCCUGAGGCAACCCGUGCCCCCCUCGAGGAGCUCAUGUUAGAGGGGGAUCUGCUUGAGGUGACCCUGGAUGAGAACCACAGCAUCUGGCAGCUGCUACAAGCUGGGAAGCCUCCAGAUCUAGCACGGAUCCGCACACUUCUGGAGCUGGAGAAGGCAGAGCGCCAUGGGAGCCGAGCUCGGGGCCGGGCGCUGGAGAGGCGGCGGCGGCGGAAGGUGGAUCGGGGUGGGGAGGGCGAUGACCCAGCCCGAGAGGAGCUAGAGCCAAAGAGGGUACGGAGCUCAGGGCCAGAGGCCGAGGAGGCCCAGGAGGAGGAGGAGCUGGAGGAGGAGACUGGGGGUGAGGGGCCCCCCCAACCCCUGCCCGCCACCGGCAGCCCCAGCACCCAGGAGAACCAGAAUGGCUUGGAGCCAGCGCUAGGGGCCAGUUCAGGCUCCUCUGUCCCUUUCUCCACUUUGACUCCGCGGCUGCACAUGUCCUGCCCACAGCAGCCGCCUCAGCAACAGUUGUGACAGUGACUGAGCCUAGCACAGACCCCAACAGAGACCCCUUGGCCUCAAGGAUCCUCUUUCUGACCAUCAAGCCUGCUUCUUGGGAGGUCGGCGAGUAGGGGGGAUGGCCACCCCCCCACCCACCCCAGUCCAACCCUGAGUCCCUUGACUUUUAUAUUCUGACUCCAAGGUAUUGUUCAGACCUCAGCUCCUGGGGGCCGGCCCCUGGAGUCCCCCUCCCUGGUAGCCUCUAACCAGCAUUCCCAGACACCUGAGGCAGAUAGAUGGAUGGGCAGGUGGGCAGGGGGGUGGCUGGGGCUAGGCCAGCACCAUUCCAGAGACACGGCCAGUGCAUAUGCAAACUGGGGGAAAUCUCCUCUCCCUUCUCUCCCCAGUUGUGGCCCUGGCCAGGCCAUGCUACACUAACCUCACCUCCCUGUCUUACUCUUUCUCCUCCUUCCCCCUUUCUCCUGCCACCCUCUUCCCUUUGCCUCCUUCUCCUCCCGUCCCCUGACUAUUCCACCCAGGAGGAGGAAACUUCACAUAGCUGUGCUCACAGUUUUUUAUUUUAAAUGAAUUUGGUUGGGGAGCUGAGCAGGGCUCCCUGUGAUCUGAAGAAAGCUUUUGGUGCUUGUCCUCACUACCACUUUGACCUUCCCUCCCUAUCCUGCCCUGUCUCCUUUCCUCCUCCUGGGUUCAUGUUGUAAUAAAAGAAGAUUGUUGGUGUGUAAUUAAUUUGUUCAAAGGAAAAAAAAAAAAGCAAAACAAGAAACUUGGUUCCAACUGAAGCCUAUUUUAAUUUUAUUUUAUUAUUUUCCUCUUGUUAGAAAUAAAACCCUUAGCAACAUUUUUUGGAAA